UUGACGCGAUGCCCUGCCUGUCACCAUGAGCUCGGGGGCGGACGAGAGCUCCCAGCUGCUCGCGAGGACUCCUCAUGUCACCGUCGUGUCUGGCAACGGUGGGGGCGGCGGAGGCGGCACCAGCUCGCCGGCCCCCGGAAGCGCUAGUGGUGGCGGCGGGAGCGCCGGGGCCGUGGCCGCGGGCGGCUGCGACGACGGCGGCGGCGGUGACUCCACCCCGCCGGCCUCCACCUCGGCGUCGGCGGGCGCCUACCUGGUGCGGACGCCGACCGUCACGGUCGAGGCCGCUCCCAACAACAACGUCAGCAGCUCGGCUUCGGACAUGGCUUCGGUAGCGGUGGCCUCCGGGCCGAGGCCGGCCGUGCUCGGCGGCUCCAGCAAGCCCGUCCUCAUCCGGCAGGACUGCACCACCUUCCUGUCCGGAGGCCUCGGCUACGGCCUCGGCGGCUCGGAGGAGUCCGCGACCUCGGCCACGGGCUGCGCCGAGGAGACGGCCACCCGCUCCGUGCCCGACCUCGAGCUGCACUGCCGCCUCACUGGCCAGGAUGGGCCGUGCCAGGGGCAGGUGGUGCCGUGCCGGCCGCGCGGCUCCGUGUCGGGCGCCUACCACCUGCUGCCGCACUCGCGCUGCCGCGGCUGCGACGCGCGCCGCGACUCGUCGUCGCUGCUGCUGCCCAUCCCGCGCUCCGUGUCGCGUGAGUCGUGCGGACACGCGCCGCCCGCCCUGCUGCUCACGGCCUCGCCCACCUCCUCGCGCAUCAUCCGGCAGUCGUCGCAGCCCGAGGCGCACUGCUGCUACCACGCCUCCGCGCCCAACCCGACCUCCUCGCUGCGCCAGCUGCGCGAGCCCGGCGAGGGCAUCUCCAUGAUCGCGGCGGACGCGCUGCGCUUCAACGGCGCCAUCCGCCAGUUCAAGCAGGGGAUCCUCCUGUGCCCGCAGACACUGUCGCAGGCUCGCCGCGAGCGCCUGAGACGCGCCUUUACCGACGCCACCAGCGAUACCGUCUCCUACGUGAAAACGCUACGCAAACCGGUGUCUACACUGUCCAUCCCCGGCGCCAUGAAGGAGGGCGAGGGGGAGGCGGGGCUGGCACUGGUGGGCGUGCACUCGGACUACCCGCGCUACACGGAGGAGCGGGCGCUGGGCGGCGGGCUCAUCAAGAUGCAGGGCUCCCUCGGCUCCACGGGUGCAGAGAGCGGCGGCAAGCACAAGCCCAACGUGGGGUACCGUCUGGGGCGGCGGAAGGCGCUGUUCGAGAAGCGGAAAAGGAUCAGCGACUACGCUCUGGUCAUGGGCAUGUUCGGCAUCAUCAUCAUGGUCAUCGAGAACGAGCUGAGCAGCGCCGGCGUCUACACCAAGGCCUCGUCGUACUCCUACGCGCUCAAGACCCUCAUCUCGGUGUCGACGGUGGUGCUGCUCGGCCUCAUAGUGGCUUACCACGCACUCGAAGUCCAGCUUUUCAUGAUUGACAACUGCGCGGACGACUGGCGGAUAGCCAUGACCUGGCAGAGGAUCACACAGAUCACCGUGGAGCUCGUCAUAUGCGCGGUGCACCCCAUCCCGGGUCAGUACUACUUCCUGUGGACCACCAAGCUGGCCAACAAGGGCGGGGACAUCGGGAGCAAGUGGGUGCCGUACGACGUGACGCUGUCGCUGCCCAUGUUCCUGCGCCUGUACCUCAUCUGCCGAGUGAUGCUGCUGCACUCCAAGCUGUUCACCGACGCCAGCUCGAGGAGUAUUGGUGCGCUGAACCGCAUCAACUUCAACACACGGUUUGUCAUCAAAACCCUGAUGACAAUCUGUCCUGGCACUGUUCUUCUCGUAUUCAUGGUUUCGCUCUGGAUCAUCGCCAGUUGGACGCUGCGACAGUGCGAAAGAUUCCAUGACGAGGAUCACGCCAACUUGUUAAACGCCAUGUGGCUGGUAGCCAUCACCCUCCUGAGCAUAGGGUAUGGAGAUAUUGUCCCGAACACGUACUGCGGCCGUGGCAUCACCCUCACUGUCGGCACCAUGGGUGCCGGAUGUACAGCGCUGCUCGUGGCUGUGGUCUCGCGCAAGCUGGAACUGACGAGGGCUGAGAAACACGUGCACAACUUUAUGAUGGACACGCAGCUCACAAAACGACUGAAAAAUGCCGCCGCCAAUGUGCUUCGGGAAACAUGGUUGAUUUACAAACACACGCGCUUGGUGAAGCGCGUCAACGCGGGACGGGUCCGCACGCAUCAGAGGAAGUUCCUGCUCGCGAUUUAUGCCUUAAGGAAAGUCAAGAUGGACCAAAGGAAACUGAUGGACAAUGCCAAUACCAUAACUGACAUGGCCAAAACGCAGAACUCCGUCUACGAGAUCGUGUCGGACAUGAGCGGGCGGCAGGACACGCUCGAGGAGCGGAUCAACGCCAUGGAGGAGAGCCUGCGGAACAUCCAGGAGCAGAUGGACCUGCUCCCGGAGCUGCUGACCCGCUGCAUCGCCCAGCAGGCGGAGAAGGCCGAGCAGAGGAGGAACUUCCUGCACCCGGAGUCGGCCGCGACGAUCGCCCCUCUGACGCCAAGCCACGGCCCGGGCCCUCCCGGGGGACCGUCCGGCAGCGGGCUCGGGGGGCCGUCGCCUCUGUCCGGCAUGGGGGGGCCCCUGGGCGGGCCCCUCGGCGGGGGCUCCAUAGGGGGCGGGACCCUCUCCCUGGGCGGAGGCUCACUCGGAGGCCCGGGCUCCAACUCGAUGAGUGGUUUCACCGGGCUCAGCACGACCACCCCCAACUCUGGGCCACUGGCCGGACACUUGGGGACCGCCGUGGUGCCAUCCGGCCUCGGGCCGGGGUCGCUCGCGCUCCCCCACUCAAGAAGCGUGCCACACUCGUCGGCCCCGCACCCCUGGCCGGUGUCCCCCAUACUGCCUCCCAUAAGCUCUCGAACACCCCACUUGGUGCCUGAACCCCUUAAACCCUGGACGCUGCCAGAUGGCAACAAUCCCGCAACAAGUACAAGCUGAGACCAGGCCACUGAGCCCUCAUUUUUUCCUAUAUGUAAGCAGUUAAGACCAGACCUGUGAUAAAAGUCUGAUUUCAUGGAGACAAGUUAAUUCAGAUAAACCCUUAUUUAGAGUUGUAAACAUUGUUUAAAAGUGAUCAUUUUGUUUUAUGUGGAGAGGUGCGUGUGAGAGAACCAACAGCUGAGACUUUGUUUAUAAUAUAAUGUUGCAUUUAUAUUGCACAUAAUGUUAAUUAAUGAAUUUCCAAUAUUUUUGUUGAAACAGUGUGGAGGAGAGCCUUAUUCAAAUAUGCUCUGGUUUGAUGGAUAUAUUUCUAACGUGAUUCGUUAUAUUUGUUUAAAGGAAGUGGCCCUGAAGUGUUUUCAUCUGUCAGUAUUUAAGUUAGCAGUUUUUUCAUUAAUACUCGCGUUUUAUAAUAACGUAAGUAACUGAAGCUUAUUUGGUCGACUUCUUCAGGACCUUUCUCCUAUCAGGCUAAUAAGAAUUCCUGACUCUCAUUAAUUAAGUUUUGCAUCUUCUAUUUACAUUUGCUCUCGGGUCUUAAGGAAGUGAAACUUGCAGUUUUAUUGCAAUUGCCUGUUAAGGUUCACUUCUUAGCCAAAAAGACACAUGUGACGAGGUUCUCUGUGUGAACCAGGCUGUGCCUCCUUUUCAUACUAAUAUGUUGGUGACUGACAUGAAGAAAUUCUUAUUUCAAAGAAAUUUUUGUAUGUGUAAAUGUUGUUAGUGUAAUAUGGCACUUGGGUUAACUUUUGGUCGUAAGCAAAUAUAGAAAUUUUGUUUCAACCA